AUGAUCACCUACGGUGUCCUUCCUGCCAUGCUUCUCGCAGCUGCCAACAUUCCCUCUGCUAUGGCAGCCAAGUGCUCUGCUGUUGGCACUUGGAGCACCAACUCUGCAGGCUUUGGAAUCGGUGGUACCACCUAUACUGGUAGCGAUAGUAUUACUCUCUAUGACCCUGAUGGGAACAACAUCGGCUCGUACGAGGGUGAUAAAUCGGCCUGCUCCGAUCUCAUCACCUGGGAGUCGAAUGGCUACCUCAAAGACACCUUCUCGUGGGGUGCUAGCUGCGACGGCGGCGGAUUCACGUAA